UCUUAGAUUCCGGAGCCCGAAUUCUUAGGAAGGCGAGAUUCUUCGAAGAGCGAAAACGUCUUUAUGUGAUCUCCUUCUCCUAUCAUUGAGCAGAUCUACGCGUAGAGCGUGCUGCGGCAAAAAGUUGUAUUCAUGCCUUUUUGUCUGAGAGGUAACGCGACCUGCAAAAUGGAAGAAUAUUCUGUCGCGUCUGAUGUGUCGGUGGUGGAUGUGUAUGAUAUUGCAUCGGAGAUAGGGAAGGAAUGCGAGAAGCUCAUAGAUCUGUUUGGGGUGGAGUCGGUGACUAAUCUGAUGCCAAAGGUGAUAAAUGCUUUAGAGCUACUUGAGAAUCUCGCUACCAAAAAUGAGCGCGAAAAUACUAUGGUACAGGAGCUAAGUGCCAAGAUCUCUCAGCUCGAGAGUGACAAAAUUGGAAAGGCUGAGGAUAGACAACGAUUUGAAAAGGAAUUAGAACAAAUCGAAGAACACUGGAGACAAGAAUCUCGCGACUUAGUAGCCAUGGUUACUAGAUUACAAGAAGAAAAUAGACGAUUAGCUGAAUCUUUGCACGAAUCACGUAGUGAUAGUCAGUACAGCAGUAAACAAACAACUAUUACAGCUAGUCAGGAGGUUGAUAUAGCGGUUCUACAGCAUUUAAGGUCCAUGAUAGAUAAACAACGAGAUCAGAUUCGUGCGAGAGAUCGAGAAUUGUCACAAAAAACCACAGAAAUUGAAAAUUUAAGUGCUCAAGUGGAGAAGCUUACUGUACUGGGACGAGAAUUGAAACGUAAACAACGACAAGCGCAAAUGCAAGCCCGAGGUUUAGUAGAAGAAAGAGCUGACUUUUUAGCUCAACUGCAAGACCAGAAUCGGGAACUUAUAAAUCUUCGGGGACGGCUUGGAAUGGCUAAGAAAGAAAAUGAGGAUUUGAGUAAAUUGCAGGGCUGUCCUGAUUUAACGAACAAAGCAAUUUAUGAUCUAGAUGAUCCUGAUAGACCCAGAUUUACGACUGCCGAACUGAAAGAAAUUUUGCACGAGCGAAAUGAGUUGAAGGCAAGAGUUUCAGAUCUUGAAGACGAACUAGAACUGUAUCGACCAAAACCUGAAAUUCCUGAGGAUGAUAAAGAUGCACCCGUGCAGGGACCGCUUCCUUAUGAACCAGAUGAUGCGCCAUGGAAAAAAUCCUCCGAAUCUGGAAUUCGUAAAUUCUUCCGAAAAAUAUUCUCCGAAUCCAGUAGCAGCUUUCUCGGAGGUAGCAGUCCCAGACGAAGUCUUUCUAGUCUUUCAAAGAUGGCCCUAUCUGGAAGCAGUACCUGUGAUACGUCUAUAUAAUGCUUUUUUAAAAAUGCGUUGGAUAAUUUUAAAUAAUUGUCAAGAAUGACAACCAAGGAUGAUUAGGACUAGACUUUUUAUUUACAUAACCACAUUUUGUGACU